GGAUUAUAACAUACACGGAGCUUCCAGUGGACUGAAUAAGUGAUCGUGAGUAUUGGUUGUGUGAGACAGAUGGGCCCACAAGAGUUUCUCCACUCACAGAUGGAACACUCCUUCAGACCACUGCACGGCCCUCCACAACCAGGUCCAACAGAUUCAAUCAGCUCCCGAGUCAUGAGCAUGAAAAAUGAAGAAGCUAACAACAGUGAAGAGGAUGUCCAUACACUUUUUGUCAGUGGCCUUCCUAUGGAUAUGAAACCACAUGAGCGUUAUCUUCUAUUUCGAUCAUUUAAGGGAUAUGAAGGUUCACUAAACAAGCUAACAUCAAAACAGCCAGUUGGCUUUGGUACAUUUGACAGCAGAGCAGGAGCAGAAGCAGCAAAGAAUGCUGCGUUCACCUAGCCUGCAGCUGCAGCUCUUCACACUCAGAUGUGCUGAAGCAUCUCCGGAAGGAUGGAAAUCUCGUCCAUUUGUUAAGUAUUUAACUGCCCUUAUCCAAGAAUUCA